AUGACCUGGUCCCCAUCGCGGAACGAUGCUGAACACAGCGCGGAGCCUGUCAAGGCUGGGAAUGCCGUGGAUAUCAACGCCAAUCUGCCACCACACGCCGCUGCCAGUGACAACUCUGGCGACAACGGCAGCUUUGUCGACGCGCAGACGUAUGCCUACAGUGAGGACCGCAAGAUUGGGGUUACGGGUGCUGUCUUUCUCAUCUUAAACAAGAUGAUUGGCACAGGCAUCUUCUCAACGCCGUCCGGCAUCUUCGCCGCCACUGGCUCGGUGGGUGUAUCCUUUAUUCUCUGGAUCGUGGGAGGCAUCCUCACCUUCUGCGGCAUCAGCGUCUUCCUCGAGUUCGGUCUCGCCAUCCCCAUCUCCGGCGGUGAGAAGAACUACCUCGAGCGCGCGUACAAGAAGCCAAAGUAUCUCAUGACCUGCGUCCUGGCGGCCCAGAUGCUCCUCCUCGGCUUCUCGACGGGCAACGCCCUCGCCUUUGGACGCUACGUCCUCUUCGCCUCGGGCUGGGAAUCAUACGACGGCUGGCCGGCGCGGGCCAUUGGCGUCGCCUGCGUCACGUUCGCCGUCGUGCUGCACACGGUCCUGCCGAAAUGGGGUGUCCGUCUGUUCAACGUGCUGGGCACCUUCAAAGUCAUCACCCUGCUGAUCAUCGUCUUCUCCGGCUUUGCGGCGCUGGCUGGCCACCGGCGCGUACCCAACCCGCACAACUUUGACAAUGCCUUUCGCAUCGAGAACGGGGACGGCUACGGCGGCGGCAGCGCGUCGACCUACUCCAACGCUAUCCUCAACGUCGUGUAUAGCUACAAGGGCUGGGAGAACGCCAACUACGUCGUCUCCGAGCUCAAGAACCCGCGCAAGACGCUCGCCAUCGCGGCGCCCCUCGCCGUCGGCGGCGUCACCAUCCUCUACGUCCUCGCCAACGUGGCUUACUUUGCCGCCAUCCCCAAGACACAGCUCGCCAAGUCGGACCUGCUCGUGGCGGGCGUCUUUUUCCAGAACAUGUUUGGCGACGUCGCCGGACGCAGGGCGCUGCCCGUCCUCGUCUGCCUCAGCAACUUGGGCAACGUCCUGGCCGUGUCGUUUGCGCACUCCCGCCUGAAUCAGGAGCUCGCCAAGGAGGGCAUGCUCCCCUUCUCCCGCUUCUGGGCCUCCAACAAGCCCUUUAACUCGCCGGCCCCGGCCCUCUUCCUGCACUGGCUCAUCACCGUCAUCGUGCUGGUCGCUCCUCCUGCUGGCCCCGCCUACUCCUUCGUGGUCAACCUGUACACGUACCCGGGCUCCUGGAUCAACGGCUUUGUGGGGGCCGGCCUCAUCUACCUCCAGUGGAGCAAGACGGAGAACUGGUCCUCGCCCUGGCACACGUACCUGCCAAUCUCGAUCCUGUGGCUGCUAUCCAACAUUUUCCUCGUCCUGGUGCCCUUCCUCCCGCCACAGGGAUCCUGGACGGCCGACGGGUAUCCCUACUACAUCUUCCCGGUGGUUGGGUGCGGCGUUCUGCUGCUGGGCGUUGUGUACUGGGUUGGGUGGACCAAGGUGUUCCCCCGAAUCGGAGGCUACAAGGUGGUGGCGGAGAGAACGUUUGACGAGGGCGGUACCGAGAUGGUGAGGUACAGAAAGGUGCACCUGAGAAGGAGGAGAUGA